AUGAAGAUGGGCUUAUUAAUAGUAAUGACUUUAUUCAUUUGUAUAAAUGGAAUUUAGUAGAGUAAUGGAAUACUUGAUCUCUAAAAUUUAAAAGCGCAUUAACUAUUUACAAAAGUAAACAAACAUGUUACAUAAUAAGAAUGUGUAAUUUGAUUAAGAAUUUGAUGAAAUUCCAUAAGUGGUCGUAUCUAUAAAAUAAAUAAUUGGAGAUCAGUUUGAACUUUACACCAGAGCCAUUAAUAUAAAUUUGAGAGGUAAAAAUACAAUGUUUUACUUAGGUAAGGAUUUGAUUUAUAGAUAAUCAGCUCUUCCAAUAUUGCUAAUAUAAAAAUCAAUUAUCUUGCAAUUAACGAUAACUCUUUGAAUAUUAUUUGUGAGAAUUACCAAACAAAAAAAGAUGAAAUUAAAGUUCCUUUUAAUAUAGAACAUUCAUAAGUAGCAGCAUUUAUUACAGGAUUGAAAUUGUAACAAAAUGAAAAAGUUUACUUCAAAUUAAAUUCUAUAAGUGAUUCAUAGGCAGUUUUUCAGACGAAAUAAAAGGCUAUGGGUCUUUGCUUAGUUUUUGGUGAUGAAGAUAAAAUUGCACAUUAAUAAUCGAUUAUAACAUCUACUUUGCAAGAUAAUAAACUAGAGUUUAAUGUUGAGAAUAUAGAAGAUUCAAUAACAUUGUAAUAUUGAUUCAUUAUUAUUAUUAGACCUUUGGAAAAUUAAGUUCUAUCUUUUGAUGAUAUUAUAAGCAAGCUAUCCAUAGAAUCAAAGGGAGAAUAAUCAACCUAAGUGUAAGACGAAGAAGAAAAAUAUCUUGAUAUUGAUAGUAUCUAAAUAGAAACUUUGGGGAUAAACACUAUUUAAUAGAAUAUUGAAGACGAAGUAAUAUAAUCUGUUGAUAUCUAAUUUUUGUAACCUGAAAACAAGAGUGUGUAGGAUGAAUUGUUAAAAAUUGAAGAAAACCAUAUCGAAAGAGUUUAAGAAAUAAUAGGUUAAGCUGUGGAUUAAGAAAUACAAUUAGAAGAACAGGAAGAAAAAAAGUUUUUAACAUAAGUGAAUUAAGUAAAUGUGAUAGAUAUGUAAAAUAUUCAAGACACAAUUUAAUAAGAAAUUAUUAUAUAAGAAGCAUAUGAAUUAGUUCCAUAGUCUGUAGAUGACCUUGAUAUGGAUGCAUUAUAUAAAGAAUUCACAUUGAGUCAAUAACUUAAUGAUGAUUUGUUUGGAUAGAAUAAAAAUAUAAUUAGUCAAUAGUAAUAAUAAUAAUCAUAAGUUUAAUAGUAAUUAUAAUAAUAAGAGCAAUAACAAUUAGAUUAGUAAUAAUAACAAUAGGAUGAUUAAGAAUAUUAAUCAGAUUAGCAAUACUAAUAGUAAAAUUUAUAAUAGUAAUUAUAAGGAGAUUAGUAAUAAUAACAAUAAGAUUAAUAACUAUAAUAGUCUUAAUAAUAAUAGUAGGAGACUCUUGAAGUGAUAGAAUCUGUUGAUGUUGUUUAAGAUUAACUAGUAAAUGAAGUAUAAUCUGAAAUUAUUGCUGAUAAAACUGAAACAGAAGUAGAAGAAUAAAAACCAGUUAAAAGGCAAUUAUAAAUAGAUGUCCCAUUGUUUGAUGAGGAUUUGCAAUUUGAUGACGUUGACGUAGAAUUAGAUUAUAAAAAAGAAGAAAAGGAGGAACAAGAAGUAUCUCCUGCUUAAUAUAUAAUUGAUGUUUAUAAAUCCUUUGCAAAUGAAGAAGCAGAUCAAUAGAAUUAAAAAGAAAAUGAAGAUCAUCCAUUUGUUGAGGUGAGUACAGAAACUUAAACAGAAGAAAUGUAGGAUGAAGUAGUGAAUGAAUUAGAUGGACUGAGAGAUGGCCUUGAAGGAGUUGACUUCUCCUUAUUUUUUGAUGAAUUUUCUUAACCUGACGAAAUGAAUAUUAGCAGAAAAUCAGUAUAAAACUAGGAAGAAUAAUAAAUUAAAAUAAAUUAGUAACAAUAUGAAGAAUCUAAAUAAUUCAAAUAAUCAAAAGAGAAAAUAGAGGAUGUGAUGAAAGAUCUUUAAAUAACAACAGAUGUUACAACAUCAGAGGAUGAAAGGAAAUUAAUUACUUAACUGAAACAGAAAUCAGCUGAAUUGAAAAAGAAAUUAUAAGAAUAAUAUGAUGCUGUUCCUAAAUUGGAAUAAGCUAAGAAAUAAACUGAAGUUUCCAUGCACCCGAUCACUGAUUAAUGUAAAAAUUUUAUUUUAUUUAUAGAUCCAAAAAUAGAAUCUGAUUCCAAGAUAAAUUAUGAAGUAGAGAGCAAGUAUGUUGAAUGGUCAAUGAAUUAAGAGUAGAAAAUAAAGAAAAUAGGAUUAGAUCUGACCGAAGAUGAUCUGAGGAAUCCAAGAUUCUCGUUGCUAUAAAUGGAUCAAAGAUCAGAAUUAGAUAUUCAGAGAUAAAUUAAUGAAUUCUUGGGAUUUGAUGACUUAUCAUUUAUCAUGAUUAAGUAAAAUCUUAGGGGAAGAUGA